ACUGAUAGUUGCCAGUUGUUUUGAUCAAGAUGUCUAAUACACCAUUAGAAAAUAGAAUAUUAGAUUUACAGGCUAGGUUGAAAGCAGAAAACGAAGCGAGAAAUAGAGACAAAAUGCCUGCUGACUUGGGGAACGUGACGGAGAGUCCGAGGCAAGGAUCAGUACGUAGACCUCGAGCAUUGGGCGAGGUGACAGCACCUGCAAGACCAAGAGGAAAACUUGACCUCCCUGUUGGAUAUAUGGCACAGCAGAGGAAUCAGAAUCAAGAAAUCGACAAUAAAUUAAAGGAAAUUAUGAAAAUGAACGGCAUUCUAAACAUCAACGGCAAGAGGUAUGAAACUGAUCUGAAAGACCUUGAACACCUGGGUGAACUUGGUAAUGGAACGUAUGGACAUGUUGUGAAAAUGCUUCAUAAACCAAGCCAAACAGUCAUAGCAGUAAAGCAAAUGAGAAGAUCAGGCAAUAGUGAAGAAAAUAAACGAAUAAUAAUGGAUUUGGAUGUUGUAUUAAAAUCUCAUGAUUGUCCAUUUAUUGUCCAAUGCUUGGGAUGCUACAUUACUGAAUCUGAUGUGUGGAUAUAUAUGGAACUUAUGGCAACAUGUUUUGAUAAACUUUUGAAAAGGCUUCACGAAGCUAUACCAGAAGACAUUUUGGGAAAAGUUACAUGUGCAACAGUCAAGGCACUACACUACCUGAAAGAGACACAUGGUGUUAUUCACCGUGAUGUCAAACCUUCCAACAUAUUGCUGGAUGAGAAAGGAAAUGUUAAACUCUGUGAUUUUGGAAUAUCUGGACGCUUAGUUGACUCUAAGGCUAAAACAAGAAGUGCGGGCUGUGCUGCAUAUAUGGCACCUGAACGGAUAGAUCCACCAGAUCCCACAAAGCCAGAUUAUGAUAUUCGAGCAGAUGUGUGGAGUUUAGGAAUAACACUCGUGGAAUUAGCGACUGGAACAUUUCCUUACAGAGACUGUAAAAAUGAUUUUGAAGUACUUUCAAAAGUAUUACAGGAUGAACCACCAUCUCUUCCUGUAGACAAAGCCUUCAGUGAAGAAUUUCGUGAGUUUGUUAAAAGCUGCUUAACGAAAAAUUAUAAAAACAGACCGAAGUAUAAGAAAUUGUUGGAACAUCCUUUCCUGAAAAAAUACGAGGUUGCUCAAGUAAAUGUAGCUGCUUGGUUUGCAUUAGCAAUGCAACAGUGCAGUUCUAAUUCUCCAGUUAGAAGAUUCACGCCACCACCACCGUCACCAUCGGCCCGCCGCCACCCUCCAUUGCAUCAUGCACAUCAUAGGUCAUUAUCAGAGACUGUAAAGCAACCCAAUGGUAGUACUGUACACAGGCUAUCAGAUGCAAAUUCAAGACUGGGCUGUGAUACAACGGAUAAUGGUGCACAGGGAUUCUGGAAGACACCAAGUGAUACAGAGUGGGAUGAGAACAGAGUUGUCGGGAGUGGUUUUCUUGGAUCACCUGUUCCUGGUCGGAAACGUUUCCCUUCUGAACCACCUCAGCAGCAGUACUGUUCACCAAGCCCUUUGGCAUUGCAAAGGUUUUAUCAACAACAUAUGCCUCUUCAAAAUCACCAUCAUCAGGUGAAUAGCUAUCCCACUAUGCAGCCAGCCUUAGCACCUCAUCAACUUAAUAUGGAAGCCGCAGAUGACAGUUCGAAAUUGGACGAUUCCAAUGGCUCAAGUGGGGUUGUGAAGAAACGUUUUGCGUCAUAUUUGAAGUUUCACUUAGGAGGUAGUGAGUCACGAAGAAAUUUGCCCCCACCAAGACUUUCUCGGAACAUUUCACCAAGUUCAGGUGCAGCUUCUGUUCGACAGUAUUCUCCCGCCAGACAGUCCCCGGAGCCACCACCACGGUUGAGUAGGAUAUCAGCAAACAGUUUAGACGGAGGUGCAGCGGGAUCAUCGCCACUUACAGUAAGACGUGGCUUAUUGGAUGUGUCCCCAGUAAGAAGAAGCUUUGCCGAAGGCUCACCUUCUCUUUGUAGAAGGUAUAUAUCACCAUCACCUCCUCAGCCACCUCCUAGAAGAUUGUCAGAGAGUACAUCAGUUCCUGGAUCUCCACAACACAGGCGGGUGGAGCAUUUUCGAGCACGUUUCCAGUACACCCCUGAACCUCAACGACGAGUACUGGAGGACCUGUAGAAAAAAUUCAUUUCUUGAAGACAGUACAAUCAAGCAGUUGGAUUAGAGUUCCAAUUGCCAUGGGAUAGUGCACUUGGCUAAUGUGUUUGCUUAGCCCAGUAAUUUCCCUUUCUGUAAACUGCGUAAAGAACAUUUGUUGGAGUGUACCAUGGAAUGACUUUUAUAUGUGUUUAUAUUGAUUAUUGCAAGUUGUUAUAAUGAUUAUUGAAAGUUGUUAUAACUCUUCAGUGAAAGCAGUUGUUCAUGUAACAAUUUUAAAUGAUAGUUAGAGAAACAUUAAGGCGAGACUGUCUAUUGUGUUUGGCUGUGCAUAAAGCUCCAGUGAUUAUUUAGGAGAGUAUGCCAGAGCUGCUCCUGCUAAAUGUUAUAAAACUAUUUUUGAUGAGAGGCUUCAGCAGAUUCUGCAUACUGAUUCAUUAUUUGUGUACCAAAGAAAAUAUGUUAUUGCUGUUUAAUGCACAUGACUAGUAUGCUUGAACAGUUCUGACAUAAAACAUGUAGCAAUGGAAGAUGAUAUGGCAAUCCUUUUAUUUUAUUUCAUACAGUACACUGUUACAAUAGAUUUUGGAUUUUUUAAAAUAAUUUGGCCAACUUUAAAUUCUGUACAAUUAAUAUGUUUCAGAACAAAGAAUGUUUUUGCAAGUCAUAAAUAAGAGAAGGCACAUUUAGAUGUCCAAAAGUAAAGCUUAAUUGGUAUAUUGUGUUUUGAAAUAUCGUCAAAAUGUUUUAAUAACUCUUUUGAAGUAAUUGUUUUCUUUUGUGGUGUUUGAGUUUCUUACAUUUUGUAUUGAAAUUCGAAAUUGAGUUUUUGCAGUUGAUAAUAUAACGAAAUGUGUGUUUAACACUAUCUGUGCUUAAAUUUUUGCAUUUUUAUAUUCAACACAUGAAAUAUGCUGACAGAACUUGAGGAGAUGGAAGAAAAUGAAUUGCAAAAUUGUCGCAAGAAUUCAGUCCUAAGAUAUUAAUUAUGUGUUGUUUUAUUAGAACUACAGGUAUUACAACUUACGAAAGCAUGCAUACUAAGAAACAUUACUCCAAGAAACUAAAUACCAAAAUUGUAUCAUUAACUUUGUGCUACAUUAUGAUGUCAUGUUAUAAGCUCAGGGAGACCGAGUGGCAUUAAUGCAUUUUGUUUUACAUUUUAUGAUUUUUUUAAAAUCUCAAUUUGAAAUACAUAACAAUACAAAAUAAUAAAAUAGGGUAUAUUUAAAUAAAUGUCAUUGGCAUUUACAGUUUCCCUCUUACAUGUUUUAUUCUUGUUGUGAUGUAUUCUUUAUUAUUAAGAGAUCAGUGGAACCAAUGUGAUAUUUGUGGUAGAACAACCAGUAAAAUCUUACAUUUGGAAUUGUAUACAUGCACUAUAAAAUGACAUUCAACAUUCUUCUUCACAAACAUUCUUUUGUUCUGGUUGUUACAUCCAAAUUAAUUCAUGAAUCAACUAUUGCUUCAUUAAAUUCCUCUUUUACAUCAUUGUGUUCCACAUUGCCUUCUCUUAGUGAGAAACAGCAAUUUUCUUUUCAUAAUCACUAAGUUUUGCUGCUCAGGGUGGCAAAGAAUAACUGAGACUCAGAACAGAGUAUAGAAAAAGGCCGUAAACUUUAUCAAAUUCUGUGCAUACCAGUCAGCAACACUGCCUGCAUUGAAGACACACAUUCAACAUUGUUAUCACAAGUUAUAUAUCUGUGGUAAUGAUGCCGGCCGAAGUGGCCGUGCGGUUAAAGGCGCUGCAGUCUGGAACCGCAAGACCGCUACGGUCGCAGGUUCGAAUCCUGCCUCGGGCAUGGAUGUUUGUGAUGUCCUUAGGUUAGUUAGGUUUAACUAGUUCUAAGUUCUAGGGGACUAAUGACCUCAGCAGUUGAGUCCCAUAGUGCUCAGAGCCAUUUGAACCAUUUUUGUGGUAAUGAUUCAGCCACUGUAUAAGGAAACAUGUUUGUUUGUUUGUUUAUUUAUUUGCAUAUUCUUUGCGUGGUGCCAUCACAGUGAUAGCUUUUGCAAAUGUCAUGACUACAUAGAAAAAUGUGAUACUUAUGACAACCAUUUUUAUUUUCGGGAAUACACAUGUGUGUUUAUGAUUAAAACCAUGUAAAACAGAUAUUUGGUAAAAAAUAUUGACAAUAACAUUCAAAAUUGUGAAUCUGGAUAUAGCAU